AAGAGGGCACAAGCAGGUCACAAUAUGGCGCUGUUCCCGUUCUGCAAGACGGCCGCAGGAGCAGUCAGAGUGAGCAGAAUACAAUUGGUCCUGUACUGUUUUCUCCUGUCUCUUCUCAUAUACUUCCUCCAUGGACGUAAAGCCGCUGUCGGUGUCGAGUCACCUCAUCCUGUCGUUCAUGCCUUGGGAAUGGACAGAGUAAUGACAGACAUGACGGUCAUCAAGGUAACGGCGCCAAAAACUCCUCUGCAGACGCCAUGGGGUGAUCCUUUAGUGUGGGGUGACACCCGUAAGUCAGCUUUGCGAAGGGCUAAAUUCGCACACCGGGGAAUCCGUACAGGUCUGCUUGCCCUCGUGGUGGGAACUUACGCCCAGUUUGUGCGACGUUUCCUCAUUUCGGCUGAAACCCACUUCCUCCCUGGUCAGAUGGUCACCUACUACAUUCUCACGGACAAUCCCCGCUCUCUGGAUCCCCCCAUUCAGUUGGGGCCUGAACGACAGCUGAAGGUGGUUCCUAUUGCAGAGCUGCCUGGGUGGGACAGGUUGGCGCGUCGCCGCAUGACCCUGCUCGCCGAUGCCAUCAGAAACCCAAUAGGCAGCGAGGUCGAAUACAUCUUCUGUGCUGACAUCGAUCAGGAGUUUGUGGCCCCUGUGGGAGAGGAAAUCCUCGGAGACCUGGUGGCCACUUUGCAUCCAGAGCUCUAUGGGAUGCCACGAAACGCGUUUCCUUAUGAAGUCGAAGAGCUCUCGUCAGCUUAUGUGGAGGACGAUGAAGGAGACUACUACUACACUUCUGAACUGUAUGGUGGGUUGGUUUCUGAGAUGCACAGACUGGCUCGAGCCUGUUCUUUGCUCAUUCUGCAGGAUCAUGCAAACGGGGUGACGGCCAAGGGCCUCGAGGAGAGCUACCUGAACCGCUACCUGAUCGACUACAGGCCCACCUGUGUGCUGUCCCCAGAGUACAGCUGGUGGGACUCAGCCCUGGCUCCUGAUGUGCCUGUACAGAGGAUAGUCUCUUUGGGAAGGCAAAGUGAGGCUUUCCAUAACCAGAAAAGAGAAUCAAGGGUUCUGCUGGCUGAACCCAUUGAAGUAUGAAUGUAGAUCUCACUGCCCCAUGAAGAACUACUUACUUUAGUGUUAUAUUUCUAUUUGGAGAAGGUCUCCGCUCAAAAAAGUGCAAUGUUUUGACAGGAAAGGAGAUUAAGAGAAAGCGCAUAUUCUAAUAAUCUUUAUUCAAUUCAUAAUUCAUAAUUUCCAUGUCAUGUUCUGUCCUAUUAGCCAAUACAUGUACAGUAUUCUGCAAUCACACAGAAGCAAACUGUGCAAUCUUCUCUCAUUUAAAGACCCAUUUGUGUGAACAGCGUCUCCGUGUGCUAUCUCUUCCACAGCAGACAAAAAAGAAAUUGACCUGUCCCUCUAAAGAAGCACUGUGCUCUCCAUUAAUGUCAGCCUCGGAGAUACUGCUCCAGUGGCUUUGUGGUCAACAGCGAUAAGAGUAAACAGUGUAAGUGCACACUUUCCCCGCAGUGGCCAAUCAUUAACUGGAAGGGCUGCUGUUUCAAGGUCUUUAAUUACCAGGUGGGGGGAAAAUGGAUACAGCGGGAUGCUGUUUCUCGAGCAUGUUUAAGCUUCGGCAAAAGCUAAAAAAGUUUGGAGAUUGGUGAAACUUCCAUUAUUUUUUCAUUAAAAACUGUUAUUUUCUCCAUUAUGUGUUGGGAGGAAAAGGUAUACUCAAAUGACCUAAUGUUGGUGGCUGUUAUGUUGUCCGUGAGGCUGCCUAUCUCUUUCCUCCACACACACAAACAUGCUCACACGUUCACACUCCACUUUCUCUCUCUUGUGUGCUGUAUUUUAAUGGGAGGGUUAAACAGUAGCAGAUGGCUUUUUCUCACUGCCAACAGAAUCUGUCCUCGGGGCCAGAUCGCCACGUGGAGUGAAGUUGGAGGUAAAUUUAAGAUAAUCCUUUGAAACUUGCAGAAACAUUUUCAGUUAUUUCUUUUACUAAAAUCAACAUUUCCACUGCUUGCCACACAGGUGUGUUUAUGUGGGCUCAUUGUCAGUAUUCACUUGUCAAUUUAGAUAAUAAAUUCUAUU